AUGUCGUCGACGUCGAGCAAGAAGAAAAGAAUAACGAACGCGACUGUAGUCGAGGUCGACGGGUCGAACGCUCCAUCGUGGAAAGACUUGGAGCGCAUCGCGACAGAUUUAAAGAAGAAACACGACAUUCCAGAAACUAUAGAUUUAGAAGCAGGCCCGACGUCACCGAAAUGUUUGAAACGAACUUUUGGUAAAACCGAUGAGGAGAUUCGCGUUCACUUUUAUCGAGACCACGCUGGGUGGUGUCCGUAUUGUGAGACCGUUUGGCUGUUGCUGGAAGAAAAACGAAUUCCGUACACGGUAGAAAAGAUCAACAUGCGAUGUUAUGGAGAUAAACCGCAGAGUUUUUUGAAGAAUGUGCCGAGUGGAAUGCUCCCGGUUGUCGUCAUCGACGGCGUCUUGAUGACAGAGUCUGCGGUGAUCCAAGAAGCUCUCGAGACAAAGUUUAGCGACGUAGCUUCGUAUCCUGCCAUGCUACCACCAAAUGAAUCAUCGGAGGCACAGACACUUUUCAGGUUAGAGCGUAAAUUGUUCUCUAAUUGGAUGCAAUGGCUGACUGGAAAUUGGAACGACGCGGCGAGUCGAGCGACUUUCUGUGAAACCUUGGAUGAAGUCGAUUUGAGACUUAGCGAGACGGUAGAUUCUCCAUAUUUCCUGAAUUCUGGCUUUUCGCUUGUCGAUAUAAAGUUUGCUCCGUUUCUUGAACGCAUGGCGGCUUCAUUGUUGUACUACAAGGGGUUGAGAAUCGAAGGUUCGAAACGAUGGCCGCACAUCGAUAAUUGGUUCGCGAACAUGUCGAACAGACCGACGUUUCGUAUGAUACGAAGUGAUUAUUUUACGCACGUACAUGAUUUACCGCCUCAACUUGGAGGCUGCGUUGAGAACAACACGCAGGAACAAAUCGACGCGAUGAGCGCGAUUAAUGGUCGGGAUGGUAAAUCGUGGCAACUGCCACUCCCUCCUUUGAACGAGUCGUCGCUGGAACCUCUCUGGGAGAAAGAAAAUCCAGAAAGAGAUCGAUUGGAAGCUGCAAUACAACUUUUGAGUAAUUACGAGAAUGUCAGUCGCUUCGCGUGUCGUGGCGCAAGUGCGACGCCGUCGAAAAAGAGAGUUUCUGCGCCGUUAUCAGACCCAUUCGCGACACCGAACGAAGACUACGUUGAAGCAGUGGAUGUAGCGUUGCGAACUGUAGCCGCUAUGCUUUUGCGCACGGAUAAUAGCGAUAUUCCGCAAGGAUGUGAGAACGUAUUGGGUACAAACGCUUCGCAGGUAACAAAGAAGAACGUGUCGUUAUCUCUCGAGUAUUUGCGAGACAGAGUAGGCGUCCCCAGAGAUAUGCGAAUGCCCGCCGCGCGACAACUUCGCAGCCAUUUAAAUUUUGCGAUAUCACAUUUGUAA